GAAAUUCAAAAUUUUUGACAGAUGGUGGAAGUCGAAUUGCGAAGUGCAACUGCACGUGUUGAGUUUUUUUGUUCAAAUACUUUUUUAACGUUUGGUUCUGAAUUUUACUUCCAUAAUUCUGAUAAAAAAAGGACAAAAUGCCGCGAACUACUGACCUUUUAGCAGAAGAAACUGCACCAGUGAGCUCACCUUUGAGAAGAUCUAGUAGAAUUGUUGCUGUGAAUAUUCCUCCUGCAGAAGUUAGCAAACCAAGCAAAACCAGGCGCUCAUCUGUUUCCCAAGAAAAUAAUGAUGAUGAGAAAGCUGAGGCCAAGCUUGUGCGAGGUAGAAGAGCCGCAUCUAUCACCAAAGAAGACCCUCCACCAAAACCUGAGCCGGCAAAAACCAGAGCUCGAAGAAAUUCAGCCACUACCGAACCGAAAGAAGAACCAAAAUUGGAACCCGCUAAACCCAGAUCACGAAGAUCUUCAGUCACCACAGAACCCAAAGAAAAUGAAGUGAAGCGACAGCCAGUAGGAAGAAGAAGAUCUUCUGCCACUGAAGACCUCGAGACAGAACAAGCAAAACAAACUAAAGAAGAAACAUUAACGAGAACCUUGAGAGGGAGAAGAGGUUCAGUCCAGGAAGAUAAGCCACCAGAAGAAGACACCAAUGUCAGACCAACUCGCAGUACUAGGUCUGCUUCUAGAGAGGUUUCAUUGGAACCAGAAGAGAAGAAACCAGCCACAAGAGGGAGAAGAAAGUCGGUGGAUGCACAAGAAACUGAAUCCGUCGAGAAAAAACCUGUCAGAACACGCCGGUCGUCUACUGAUAAGCUCGACGGCGAACCAGAGGUCAAACUUGCCAAAAUUGCACCAACCAAACCCAAAAGAAGACUUUCCAUCACAGAAAAUGCAAUCAACUUGGCACCCAUUGAAGAACAAGAAGGAGAAAGAAAAAGCCUUUCUCCUGUGCCCAACAAAAGCUCGGAAACUAUUCAACUUACCCCUAUCAAGAAAAAGCAGGAAGCUGCUAAAGCUGAACUGGAUCUUAGCAUCAUCAAUGAAACCAGCUUCGUCGAAGAAAAUGUCGAUGACAAGGUCACCGAAGUAGUGGUCGAAGUUAUCGAAGAUUCAAAUGAAGAAGCAGCAUCUCGCCAGCCUCCUGAAGAGAAGAUAACAACCCCUAAAAAAUCGCCUAGAUUCCGCAACAGUAAAUCCCCCACAGAAGUGAAUAAUCUCAAGCAUGAAGACACACCGACUGAGAAAAACAGAGCCAAAAGUCCUGCCACACCAAAAAAAUCACCUAGAAUACUGAUAUCUCAAGAACAAACUGUUGAGAAACCCAAAGAAGACACUGAAAAUCUUGCCGUAGAAGAAUCUUCAGCUCCCAGAAAAUCGCCCAGGAUUCAAGCCAAGGCACGAAAAAGUGAUUCGCCAGGAGAUCACACAAAAAAUGAGUCAAUUCAAGGAGCAACCACGGAAAAUCUAGAUAAUAACCAAUCAGAUGCGUCUAAAGAACCACCACAAGAAGAGUUGAACAUUGAAGGUGAUUCAGUGUCCAAAUCUGAUUCGCCUGUUUCUGCGGAACUAAAGAAGAAAGAAUUAACCUACACAAGCACAGGAUCUGAUAAAUCUUCAGGAGCAACUACGGAAAAUCUAGAUAAUAACCAAUCAGAUACGUCAAAAGAAACACCGCAAGAAGACUUGAAUAUUGAAGAUGAUUCAGUGUUCAAAUCUGAUUCGCCUGCUUCUGCGGAAAUAAAGAAGAAAGAAUCAGAAGAACCACUACAAAAAAAGUCUAAUGUCGAAAAUGACACAGUGUUCAAACCUGAACCACCUGUUUCUGUGGAAUUGAAGAAAAAAGAAUCAACGUACAUAAGCACAGGAUCUGAUGAUUCAUUCCAGUUCCACUUAUCUGACACUAGGUUAGAGUCGACCAGUCAAGAAGACGAAGUAGAUGACUUGAACACCUCCAAAACCAGUAACAGCAGUGAUAAAGAAAACGUGGCUAUCAACGUUGAUGACAGCAUGAACCAAUCGAAGAUUACUGCCAAGACAGAAAUCAUGAAAACUUUGGUCAACGAGAAAGAAACUAUGUUUGAACAGAACCAAGUCAUAGCUAGAGUUUCUAAUGUGUUCCGUCCCAAGAACAUAGACUUCAGCUUCGUGGAACCAAUGGAAGUUGAUAAAACUGGCAUUGAUCUAGACACUACUAAUUUUGAUAAGACUGUAAACGAAUCCAAACUUCUCGCUAGUAUUCCGGAUGAAUCAGUUGAUGAAAGUUUCAAUCUACAGCUCGAUGUCACCAAAAUGGAAUCUCCCAAUAAAUCAACAAAACUAACUGAGCCUGAAAUAGUUGAAGAAACAAAAGAGGUCAGCGCUGCUGGCAACCUGGAAAAAACUUUUGACAAGUCACCAAGAGUUUCCUCAAGUGAACUCGUCGUAGAUGUAUCAGAUGACUCCAUUGUCAUUGUAGAAGAUGUUGAUGUUGAUCAGUCAACUGUUUCUAAAGCUGCUGAGAUGUCAGUGAUUUUAGAAGAAACGGCAAAUACAACUUGUACUCUAGAGUGUUCCAAAUUGGCUACUGACGAGUCAUAUAUCGGGAUAUCCAAGAAAGUUGAUAUGUCCCAAGACUAUGAAUUCGAUUUGCCUUCAGAAGAAGAUAAUGAGGAAAUGGAAAAAACUCACUUAUUGGAUACUUCCAAAGUCAAUGAAUCCGAAGCAAUCACUAAACCAGCAAAGACCGAUUCAAUUGAAACUUCUUUGAAUAAAUCUGUAUCUGGAGAAAUAGAACUGAUCACCAGAGAAAAAAUUAAUGAGACAGAAGUUAUACAAGAUCAGCCUGACCUAACUGUUGUAGAAGUAAAAGAAUCCAAUCUUAGCAUAUCAAAAGAACAAGAAGAAAAUGAAAUUGAAGCUGAGGCAGCCAAAAUUGAACAUCAGGAAAAAACUGAUUUGAAAUCUAAAGAUGCUGAUGAUGUGGAAAUUGAGGCUCAUGCAUCAGUCAAAAAGAACAUUGAUGAAAAAAUUCAAAUAAUACAGGAUGCACCCAGUGAACCAGAUAAGGAUGAAUCACUUAAAUUAGAAGAUCUAGAAAUGGAAGCUCAUCAUGUGACUGAAAAGGGAAUAAAUGUGACUAUUUCUGCAGCUGAUUCCACUAAAGAUGAUAUUUGCCUCGACAGUGAAGAGAAGGUAUUGGAUAAGUCGGCAACAAAAAAUUUAUCUGAAGAAGUAACUGAGCAAUCAAAAUGUAUUCCUGUAGAAACAUCACCACAACCAACAAAAGAUAACAAGUCCAAUACAUCAAAUCUUCAUGAUGAAACCAGUGUAAAUGAUACUGAUAAUCAGGAUAACACUAAUAUUGAAACUCAAAUCGAUGAAGGAGGAGAAGAAGAAAAAGCUGCUGAAGUUGAGGAAAUGGAGAAAAGUUUCCAGGAUGUUCUCAAAGAAGAUGGUUCCAUUGAUGUGCCAAAAGUAGAAGCUAUUGUGGAAUUGUCGAAUGAAACAACUACUGAUGAGCCUAGUGAAAUCCCAAAAGAAAAUGAAGAACAUUCUCCAUUGACAGAAACUCACGAUCUGAAUACAUCUAGGAAGAAGAAAAAAGGUGCAAAUAAAAAGUUGAACGAAUCUGUUGCACAAGAACCUGAACGUUCAAACAAAGAACCCGAAAACAAAUCUGAAGAAACAGUAGCCACUGAUACUGAGAAGAAUCAUUUCAAUCUUUUCAAAUUCUUCAAGCAGGAUGGAACAUCAGAUCAGGAUCCUGAAAGUCCAAAACCUGAAGACAAAAGCAGUGAAUCAAAUCAGAAUGAAGUACCAAAACAAACUGAGCAUCACUUGCAAGAGUCACCUCGAAAAAAGAAGAAAUCCAAAUCCAAGCAGCUCGAACUCCCCGAUGGACAAACAAAAAUCCAACCACCUCAAAAGACAGUGAGCUUAGAAGAAUUCACAAACUCAAAGUUGGACGAAUUUAUCUCCAGAAAAAUGGCAGAGAUGGAAGAUGAGCUAGAAUCGAGUGAUCCAGAUGAUGAAGAACCAAGUGAUUCUGGUGAUGAAGGGUCAAGUGAUUCUGCUGAAGAGGAAUCUGAGGAUGGAGACUUUUUGGAUACCAUGGCGGAAGAAGGAGAAGAAGACACUCCUUCUGACGACAGCAAUCAGAUUGUCGAUGAAGGCGAAUCGAUACAUUCAGAAUCAGACCAAGAGACAGAAGAUGAAUAUGAUUCCAACGAUUCUUUCAUUUGUGAUAAUGAUAAGAUCGAAUUGUUGCCUGGCGAAGAAUACGACUUGGAAGAUACGAAACACAAGAAGAGAAAGUCGAGGAUAAUCAAUGUGGAGAAUAUCGAAAGCGAUGUCAUAACCAUUGAGAGGAAAGAAAAACCAGUGAAGCCGAAAAGGAAGUCCAGGAUCAUCUCAGUGUCCAGCUCUAGUGAGGAGGAUAUUGAAGUCGAUCCUACUGCAGAGUCACCAACCAUAGAAACUAAGGAAGAUAUAGUGCCUAGUACUAGUCAGCUGAUGUCCGAUCAGGGUUCCUCGAGGCGAAGAUCUUCAUCUUCUAUCACCAUCAUCGAAAACAUCAAUGUACAAGACAUCAAAGACACAGCUCUAAGUGAGCGAAUUCACAGUUUGGUAGACAACUUUUGCACUACCAUUCCUAAGAAGGGAGACAUAUCUAUGAACCUAUCGCUUGAAUAUGCUCGGAAGAGCAGUUCUGAAGAUUCUUUGUGUAGCGAAAAGCCGGAGAUCAAAUCGACAAUAGUUGCACAGAAAUCACCAAAAGUUGUACAGAAGGCACCAAAAGCUGAGGAAACAGGUGGAAAGCGUAGAAGCGUCAAAAGAACCAGUAGUUCUUAUGAAGAAGAGUCGCCCAGCAAGAAAGGAAGACUAAGUACAAGCUUGGAAGACUUGAACGACGAUACUCAAAAACAUACACCAAAGAGGAGGCUGAGUCAAAGCCUAGAGGAACUGGAAACCAAGAAACGCAAGAAGAAGACCAAAAAGGCGAAGAAGGCAAAAGAAGAAGCUCCCUCAAAGAGAAGACGUUCGUCGUCCGAAGGAGAUUUACAAACUCAGACAUUCAGUUUGAUGAACCAGUUGAUAACCGACGUUAGGAAUAGACCAAAGAGGGUUAUCAAGCCGACUACUAGCAAACCUGAUGCUAGCGAAUCCUGGGUAAUUGAUGUAGCUGAUAUGAAACCUUCCACUAGUAUUGUGACCAGGAGGGAAAUGGAAAACUUCAAGAAGAACAAGAGGCAUCCGAAAGACUUUAGAAACGAAAUGUUGUAUGAUUCUUCGCGAGUCAAGCGAAUGGAUACUAAAACACUUUUAAAGAAGAAAGGAGCCUACUAUUGAUUUAUCAUUUUAAAGCAUACAUACUUUGUGUUAAGUUAAGUUUUCUAUUUUGUUAUUGUUAUUGAUGAUGUAAUGUGUCGUUGCAUUAACUUAUUUUUUAAGGCUGAUUUAUUUUUGUAAUGUUUCGUUUUAUCCAUUUGAAAAAAAAUUGUAAUACAUCAUUUCCAUCUUUAU